AUGCAAGCCUAAAAUUUAAGCAAUAGCAGUUAAAAUCAUAAUAAAGUAAAAACAUGCGAGCUAAAGGCACUUGGGCUGCUAAGAUCACUCGAUUAAUUUGGUGUGCCGAUUUCUCUGACCUACAAGAAUGAGCCAGUAUUAAAAUCACAUGCUGGAGGAGUAGCAACUAUUUUAUCUAGAGUAAUAGUACUAGCUUUUAUGAUUGUUUAAAUUCAAGAUGUCUAUAACAGAGUCUGUACAAUUUAAACUUCUAUCUAUAAGAGAGAUCUAAAUAGUGAUUUUACUGAAUUCAAUCUAACUGAAUAAAUUUUUGAUAUUGGUCUCAAACUAGAAUACAUAUUUUUCGAGAAAGAUCCAACUAUUUAAGCUAACUUAGAUCAAUAUGUCUAUUUGCAACUAAGCUAAAAUGAAUAUCAAUGGAUUAAGAAUUCUAAAGGAUAGAGAGUCCAGAUUAAGUAUAAAUAGAAAGUAGAGCUCACUAAAUGCGAGCAGGGAAUUUAUGAUAGUUUUCAAUGUCCUGAGAGAGUUAAUUUUUAAAUUGGUGGGAGUUUCGCGGUUUAGAAAUCUAAGUUUAUAUAAGUAGCUAUAAGAGAUUGUAAUCAAACUUACUUGAACGAAAAAUAUAACAAAACAAAGUAAUGUAAGUCCAAAGAUGAAAUAUCUAAGGUAGCUUAAUUUUUGAAAUUGCACAUCAUUACUUAGAACUCGUAUUUCGAUGCUAAAUCUUUCGAGACAAUUUCAGUCAAGAAAAGUCUUGAUUUGUUUUAUUUAAUGAGUAUAAAGGACAAAAGUAUUUACUACUACAUGCUGCUAAGUUAGAAUAAGAUUUUAAGGAAAGAUAAUAUGGUAUAUGGUCCUGAUAUAGAAGAAAAAUUUAUUGAGACUAAAAUUGAUCAUAACAUCGUUUAAGAACUAAAUUCUACUGAUCCCUAUAAUAAUGCUUACAUUGGAGUAUAUAUAAUGUUAAACGAUGAGGUCAAGCAGAUUGAGAGAAAAGUAUUUAAUGUAUUAGAUGCUCUAAAAAACACUGGAGGUUUCAUAUCUAAGCUAAACUUUACGGUAAAAAAGAAUUUCAGGAUGUAUUUGAGGCAGUACGGUUUCUGCCGAACUAGGAAUAGUAACUCAGCUUUUAAGGAUAAACUUUAUGAAAAUGGAUUAAUGAAGGUACAUAGAGAACUUGACAUUAGAAAUAUCUCAAGGGAAUUGAGAACAUUGAAAUUUAUUACUAACACCAUCCUAGAUAAAUACCAGAGGUAUAUGUUACCUCUAUUCAGAGCAAACUUACUAAAUAAUUAGCCUAAGAUGCUUAGCUUUGAUAUCGAUGAUAAUGUGCUAGAAGAAAGUUUAGCCAACAUAAUUAUACAUGAAGAUGUCAAUAAGACAUUUUAUGACAAGGAAUUCAGACUUUCAGAAGAGAUAGUAAUGAAGAUGAGAAAACCUGCUACAUUCGUUGAAAAAAUGAGUCGAAGUAUGAAAUAGCACAGAGAUUAAAAUAAUUUUCAUAAUAGUUAAGAUAAAGAUAAUGAACUUGAAAUAGAGUAGAACUUGAGCAAUGAAUCUGAUGAAGAGUAGGAUAAAUCUCAAUCUGUUCCAGAAUAGAACAAUAGAAAGAAGGAGCUCCUAAUUGAUGAUGAUAUUUUCCAGAAAUAUUAGCCUAAUAAAUCUGAAAUCCAUCAAGCAAAACCUGAAAAUCAAUAAAGGAGCUUUGAUUGUUUGGAAAAUUCUUAGAAGCAACUAUUUCUACCUCUGCCAGAGUCUAAAGAAGAUUAAAGUGAACCAAUAGAUCUUGAAAAUAUUUAAGUAUAGAUUCAACCACCAGAUAAUUAACUAAAAAAAGAUAAGAAAACUAUAUAAAGUAACGUUUCAGAGAUAAAUUAUUACGUUGAGGAUGAGGAGGAGAUACCAGCUCCUGCAUUGGAUUUUAUAAAGUUUUGA